AUGAUGGAUUCUCUCUCUAGGAUAGAGAGUGAUAUCCCUGGCGCAGGUAUAAUUCUCGCUGGCGACUGGAACAGGGCAAAUGUUUCACCAGUUAUUAAGCAGUUCCGCCUCACGCAAGUCGUCCAUUUUCCAACAAGAGGGGAUCGUACACUCGACAAAGUGCUAACUAAUCUUACAGAACACUACGAGAAACCUUCUCCAUUCCCGCCCUUCGGACUAUCCGAUCAUUGUACUGUUGGUUUGUUUCCAAAAAUUAGAUCGAAGGCCAAUAUUCCUGCAAACAGAACGGUUACUACACGUGCUGUUAACGCUGAGUCCAAACAGGCUUUUGGUCGUUAUAUGACGGGGUCGACUGGUCAUUAA